AUGGAUACUUGUCAUGUAUUGUUAGGCAAGCCUUGGCAGUAUGAUUGUAGUGUUGUUCACGAUGGGCGAAAGAAUACAUAUUCCCUUAGUAUUAAGGGGAAGAAGAUUGUGUUGGUACCUCAUCAGGAAGGAAUCACUCCUACCCCAGUAGGCAAUAAUACUAACAUUCUCUCUAUGUCCAAAUUUUUAAAAGAGAUUGAGCGGAAAGUUGUGAUUUAUGCCCUGUUGCCUUAUGGGAAUAGUGUAGUAGAUGUAAGCCCAGAUUUACCAGCAGAGGUGCAGCAGUUGCUAGCAGAGUUUUCUAACCUGAUGCCAAAAGAUCUUCCUCUUGGGCUACCACCUAUGAGGGAUAUUCAGCAUCAGAUCAACCUUGUUCCGGGUUCUAGUUUACCAAACCGACUUGCGUAUGGUCUUAGUCCCAAGGAAUCUGAAGAGUUGCAACACCAAGUGGUAGAGUUAUUGGAGAAGGGCUACAUCCGUGAGAGCAUGAGCCCCUAUGCAAUCUCUACCCUACUAGUAUCGAAGAGAGAUGGUUCCUAG